GUGAUGCGCGUGUAUUAUUGGUGCGCAGGUACGUGCAUAAGUGUUGGGUGUGUGCGUAGCAGUGCUCCCUGAACAGCAGAAUGGGGGGGGGGGGGAAUUCCCAAACUGGUUGUUGAAUGGGGAGAAUAUUUGUAAUGGAGGAAAAGUCUUUAAGACGCAGAUUUCCCAAACCAGAGCCAGUCCGAGCCUUUAUUUGUGCGGCCCAGGCUCCAGAAUCUAAAAGGUUCUCUUCAUUUGGGUGUUUCUUCCGCCCAGGAUGCCAAACCUUUAUCUUCCCCACCGCCUAGGACACACUUGGUGGCUGAGCCUUUUUCUCCGAGACGCAGACGGUGCUGAGCAGGAAAUCUUGUCCUCCCCAGAGGGCCAGCAUAGACACUGUCCAAAGAGCCCCUGCUCUACUGUAGCAGGAACAGGAAAUGGGCCAUCUCCCUCGUCGCUGCCAUCUCCCUGAUGACACUCAGAAACAUGGACACCAUCAGUAAAGUAGCCAGACUGACACAACACUACCUCACCACUACUCGAGUCUCUGUCGUAAGGGACACCAAUAGUGAUUCAUCAGAAAGUGGCAUGCUGUCCCGCCUGGGUGAUUUGCUCUUUUACACUAUUGCUGAAGGACAGGAACGAAUCCCUAUCCACAAGUUCACCACUGCACUAAAGGCCACUGGACUGCAGACAUCAGAUCCUCGGCUCCGAGACUGCAUGAGCGAGAUGCACCGCGUGGUCCAAGAGUCCAGUAGUGGUGGCCUCUUGGACCGAGAUCUCUUCCGAAACCCCCUAAUCCAAUCGUGUCUGGGAUCCAGGUGUGUGAGCAGCAACAUUGUGCUCCUGACCCAGGCAUUCCGAAAGAAGUUUGUCAUUCCUGAUUUUGAGGAGUUCACGGGCCAUGUGGAUCGCAUCUUUGAGGAUGCCAAAGAGCUCACUGGAGGCAAAGUGGCAGCCUACAUCCCUCAGCUGGCCAAGUCAAACCCAGACCUGUGGGGUGUCUCCCUGUGCACUGUGGAUGGUCAGCGACACUCUGUGGGCCACACAAAGAUCCCCUUCUGCCUGCAGUCCUGUGUGAAGCCCCUCACCUAUGCCAUCUCCAUAAGCACCCUAGGCACUGACUACGUGCACAAGUUUGUGGGCAAAGAGCCAAGUGGCCUGCGCUACAACAAGCUCUCCCUCAAUGAGGAAGGAAUCCCCCAUAACCCCAUGGUCAAUGCUGGUGCCAUUGUUGUCAGCUCCCUGAUCAAGAUGGACUGUAACAAAGCAGAGAAGUUUGAUUUUGUGUUGCAGUAUCUCAACAAAAUGGCUGGGAAUGAAUACAUGGGUUUCAGCAAUGCCACAUUCCAGUCAGAGAAGGAAACAGGGGAUCGGAAUUAUGCCAUCGGCUAUUAUCUCAAGGAAAAGAAGUGCUUUCCUAAGGGGGUGGACAUGAUGGCUGCCCUUGAUCUCUACUUCCAGCUGUGCUCUGUGGAGGUCACUUGUGAAUCAGGCAGUGUCAUGGCAGCCACCCUCGCCAAUGGUGGGAUCUGCCCCAUCACAGGCGAGAGUGUGCUGAGUGCUGAAGCAGUGCGCAACACCCUUAGCCUCAUGCAUUCCUGCGGCAUGUAUGACUUCUCUGGCCAGUUUGCCUUCCACGUGGGCCUGCCAGCCAAGUCAGCUGUAUCAGGAGCCAUCCUCCUAGUGGUACCCAAUGUCAUGGGAAUGAUGUGCCUAUCACCCCCAUUGGACAAGCUGGGGAACAGCCAUAGGGGGACCAGCUUCUGCCAGAAGUUGGUGUCUCUCUUCAAUUUCCACAACUAUGACAACCUGAGGCACUGUGCUCGGAAGUUAGACCCACGGCGUGAAGGGGCAGAAGUUCGGAACAAGACUGUGGUCAACCUGUUAUUUGCUGCCUAUAGUGGCGAUGUCUCAGCUCUUCGAAGGUUUGCCUUGUCAGCCAUGGAUAUGGAACAGAAAGACUAUGACUCGCGCACAGCUCUGCAUGUUGCUGCAGCUGAAGGACACAUCGAAGUUGUUAAAUUCCUGAUCGAGGCUUGCAAAGUGAAUCCUUUUGUCAAGGACAGGUGGGGCAACAUUCCCCUGGAUGAUGCUGUGCAGUUCAACCAUCUGGAGGUGGUCAAACUGCUUCAAGAUUACCAGGACUCCUACACACUCUCUGAGACUCAGGCUGAGGCAGCAGCUGAGGCCCUGUCCAAAGAGAACUUAGAAAGCAUGGUAUGAGCACAGGUCAUGGAGAGCCCAUGCUCAAGAAAAAGCAUGAGCUGGCCACACAUGUAAUCCAUAACCACCAAAAAUACUAUGGAGAGCUACACUGCUUCAGUGGGGACCAAGCAGUCAUUUGGUGACUUAGGCUAGUGCUUUCUAUGGGAGUCAAAAUACCCCAUUCCCUCAGCAGACAGAGUACAGAGAAGGGCCUCAGAGGACACCUGCAGUAGAGCUAUCCAGAGAAAAUGGGCUUCAAGGUACAGCCUAAUGGCUUGCCCCACUCAAAACCAUCCCAGCUCUUCACCCAGGUCUCCUCUUCCUCUCCCUGAAGAAACCAUCAUGAGAGAGAUACACUGGUGGAGGCACUCUAGCUACCAUGCACAUGGACAUAUCCACAGAAUAUGGGAAGUGGGAAUGGCUAUAUACAUGGCUUUAGUAGUCUGGAGAGAUCUACUCCCCUUGGCCAGGACAUGCUGCUGCUACUGCUAACAGCCAAUUUUAUAGACAGAGAAAGUAUUUUGUGUUCAAAUAAACUUUAAUUACCGAA